UCUGUAGUAGAGCCUCCACACAAACUAAAAAUGUAUAAAAUUGUUAUUAUGACUAUUCAUCAACUUUCAUUUUGUUUUGACUUUUGUGUAAUCAUGGUAUAAAUUUUGAUUGGCGUACUUCAUCUUUUCAACGUUUUACUGUGUGCAAAUUGCUGAUACCUAGUGAUUUAAUUUAUUCUGUCGACUCUUUUUGAGAGGUUGGAAUCUGUCUCAAAAAUAAGCGAAAUUUCAGCAAUUUGCUUUGUGGUUCCAUUAAACAUUAAUUAAUACUUGAAUUAUUAACAACAAGGAGAAAUAUGUUGUCGCUGGAACGUAUACCAGAUCAGGUUGGACAUUUAGUUUUGACAGAGGAUGGAGCUGUAUUAACGUCUGGAGGUGAACUAGAAAAUGAUGAAAGGGUUGCAAAUAUUAUUGUUGGUUUAGUCACCUUAACUAAUAAGAUUGAUCCUAAAGCAUUUCCCAACAAUGAGGCUUUUGAUAAAAUAUCCAUAACAUAUCCAGAUCAUUGUUACAUUAUCUGUCUUUCAAACAAGAAGAUUCACAUAGUGAAGAAACUAAUUUCCUCUACAACUGCUAUUGUAGAACCACAACCCUUAAUUGAUGUAUAAAUAUUGGACUUUUGUAUCAUGUUAUCUAAAAAAAAUGUAAAAAAAAUCAUAUAAAAAUAAUGUAUAACAUAAUAAAGAUAUGUAUACUCUUAGAACAUGAUUAGACAAAGAUUCAAUGUAAAUUUAUAAAAUUUUUGUAUGUAACUUGUUUCUAAUCGUAAUAAAUAUUAAUUUUUCUAAUGUCAAAAAACUAUCUUUUUUAUUUUAUAGUUUUAUCAAUUAGUUCAUAUUUUCUAAUAGAAACGAAAAUAUACCUGUAAGAAACGAUGUAACGCGGAUAAUUGAAACAAUCACGAUUUAGUUAAUUACUAAUGUCGUUUUAUAUCGUUUCAUAAAUUGUUAAGUGAUUACUUCUGCUCAUUACCUUACUACUUAGCAUUUCAUUUUUACAUACAAAUAUUAUACAUAAUAAAUAAAAAAUUAUAGUAAUUA